UGCUUCCUCUGCUCCACAGCCAGGGGUCGCCGCUUUACUUCAAAUGAAAACAAACAAUCAGUCUCUCCAGUCCUGCCAGGGUUGGUGUUUCCCACUGUAGUUACAUAUUUAAACUGUUUACAAAUAAAACUAACUAUCGAACUAUGAACAAAUAUGACAUUUGUUUUUGUGUUGUGGCGCCACCUACCGGCGCGUCGGUCUCCUCCCGGUCCGCUCGGCCGUCGGUCUCUGCGGGUCACCGUCGGUCACUGUGCUGCUCUGUGUCGAGGUGAGCUUCAGGCUACACUACAGAAAACUUUUCAUCUGUACAUCACAGGUGACGCGAUGCCACUGAAUAGUAUGAACUUCAAAGGUGGAAGAGGAGGAACGCGUCGCAACACCUGUAAAGUCAAUGGUCAGGUCAAUGGUCAGGUCCCAGGCACAGUUAUGGUUAAUGGAACCGAUUCUCAUAAUGACCUCCCGGCUACUGCCGAUACAAUCACCGAGAGCCCACCAGCUGGCGUCCUGAACGGUACCAAACCACAAUAUGUGGUUAAUGGUUACGUGAACCAACGGCACAGAGGCAAGAGUAUGAAAGCAGCGGCCCCAAGGACCAUCAGGAAACAAGGAGGCACAGUGACUGAUGCCGCAGCUGGCAGGAUCAGCAGCAGAGACAUUUCAGAGGGGGUCUCUCUCAAUGGGGCCACCAGUUCAGACACUGUUGCCUUGCCCAGUAAUUCUGACAAAACGGCACCAGAGGCCUGCCGGUCGGAAGCAGCAGCAAAGAACCAGAGUAGACGCAAGAAAUUCACAUUUAAGAAGAGAGACACUGACCGGACAACUCUACACCGAUGCCACCACAAGAGGGGGGAAGACUGGGAGAGCGAGAUCCAAGAGGUCACACUCACUGGCUGGGAAAAGAUUUGCUUUGGGACCAGACCGUAUGGUCCAGAAGACGUUCUUCAUUUUGCUCUGCGAGAUUUGACAAUUCAGCAAACGGAAGCCGUUGACCUGCCGGUGACAGCCAACUACAGCCCAGCUGCACACCACCCUGCUCCUGUCUCAUGGUCCAGCUUUUACAUUCCCACUGAGCAAGACCAGUUCGCGGACGCUGAGGAGUAAGCCAAGCAUAUGCUGUCAUGUUAGAGGAAUGGAAAUAAGAUCAAAAAUAAUGUACUGUUUGCCCUUUCGUUAGCCCUUAAUGGCAGAUUUUCUGGUCAUGUGAUUUAUUUGAGGAUCAUGGAUAGUGCCCGUGGUUAGAAUAUUUGUUCAGUCAGCCUCUUCCCUUAUUUCUCAUCUAAAACGUUAGUGGAAGAAAUUAAAUGAAAAUCUUACUCUAGGUUAGCAUUUGUUCCAAACUUAAAAAUCUACUUGGUUAUCAUAGGCCAAAGCUUGUUGGGUCUGGGUUGAAAUCAAUUAGCUUUUUUAUUAUUGGUUCUAUUUUAUAUUCAAAUUUUAUAUUUCUUUUAUACUGCAUUAUAUUAAUUUAUUAGGCUUCUACGAUCUUAAUGAAUGAUUUUAGUUAGUUGUACGGAUUAUGGUCAUGCAUUUGCUGUUGGAUUUCAUAGCUGCAUAAUUUUGCUAGUCUUUCAAGAAUUAAAAGAAUAGAUUUUAUCCUAAGUUUUUGUUUGUGUUUUAAAGCACCUGAAGUGGGAACACCAUUGUCAUAAUAAGUUGAGCAAUCAUACAAUCUAUUGCAUUGUUUAUAAACAUCACAUGUUUACAAGAAGUACAUGAGGAAACUGUUUUAAUUUGGGACAGCCGACCUUACCAAGAAAUUAUAAUUUAAUUAUGUACAAAAAGAAAUCGUUCCCUGUCUGUUCAGAUCUUCAUUUUCAUUACUACAAUAAAUUAGAAUUUCUUUUAA